UAGAGAAAGUGCCGACCAGCUGAGGAGACUUGUAAAGAAAUAUUCGAAAACACCAAUAAUUAUCAAAAGUGAAGUAAUACGUAUCAACGAGAUAAUAUCACAAAUGGAGGUAAACAUGAAAGAAAAAGAAAUUUAUCCAGCAGAAAAACAGAUGGAGGAGAGACAAUCAAGAAUAGAUACUUUACAGACCAAUACAAACAGAGAAAGUAACCGUUUGAAAAGACGGGCUUCAGAAGACCAGCAAUCGAAUCAUAAUGUGGUUUUCAAAAAGAUAAUCGUUCAAAGUAACCCUUCGAAAAGUGUGCAAGAAAUUAUGGUGGAGAAGACUGACCAGCCUGCAAUAUUGUCCAAGGAGAAGGAGCAGUCCAGGAACUGCAAUUUGCUUCCGGUUAUUAGGGAAAUCAAUACUUGCAUAGUAAUUGACGAUGACGAAUCCCAACAUGAUCUAAUGGUUGAGGCUAGGCGCAUUAGAGACAAUAUGGAGUUCAAUAUGUACCCGGAGAUCAAAUACUCAAUUCGAGAUGGUUUCUUAGAUUAUGACCACAAAUCGACGCCGAAAAUGCGUUCGACCCUGAUAAACUGGAUGUCCGAAGUUCAUCUGGAUUUCAAGUUUUUACCCCUAACAUUCCAUCGGUCUGUGGCCUUUGUGGACAGAUAUUUGCAAGAAGAUAAGAACAUCGACCACGAGACAUUACAGUUGGUGGGCACGGCAGCUAUGUAUUUAGCUAUGUCUAAUGGUGCAAAUGCAAACGAAGAAAGUAAAAGGAUAGAUGUAUCUGAGUUUGUUAACAUUUGCGACAAUUCGUUUAGUGCUACGGAAAUUUUCUCCAUGUUGUCGGCGGCCCUCGUUAGGGCUGAGACGUCUAAACUGCAAGCGAUCAGGAAGAAAUUCGCCUCAUUGCAGUUCUCUAAGAUCAGUUUUAAUUGCAAACUCAAAGGGGCUUUAGUUCAACGACUAGCCAGCCAAGCCAAGAUACUGAAAAUUUAA